AAACACAGUUCUACGCAUGCGCAACAUGCAUAGCAACACUUGAGGGCAGCGGAGAAGACGAGGAGGGAUUGCCUAUGCGCAUUUUGGGGCCGAAAAAAGAUAAAUCACCCAAAACAGACCUGCGGGAAUCAUGGGGAGUGUGUUCCUGCCGGCAGACGCGGCCCAUUCUGUGCUGCGACGGCUGCGCAGGGCCAACUUCUUGUUGGAGGAGAUGAAGCAGGGUAACAUCCAGAGGGAAUGCCGCGAGGAGAUCUGCACCUAUGAGGAGGCCCGCGAGGCUUUUGAGAACGACGAGAAGACGAGACGCUUCUGGGAGGAGUAUGUUCGGGAGAGCAGUCCAGCUGGAGGUCUGGAGACGGUGGUGGGUGGAGUCCACUCUCUCUACUUGAUCGUGCCAUUGCUGCUGGUCGUGCUCAUCAUCGCCGCGGUAGCCAUCACCGUGUGGCGCUGCCAUUCUCGUAAGCGCUCGCAGCGCAGCCCCAGCAUUGGACAUUCACAUCACGACCACGUCCUGUCAGUGGUCUCUAUGGACCAUUGGGGGAGGGAUUACCACCAUGGUGACCAAUCAGAACUCAGCGUCCACAGCAGCCCAGCUUAUCCAGGCUCUGAGAUCACAUCAGGGAGAGGAAGUGCUGGGGACCCGCCGCCGUCAUACGAGGAGGCUGUGGGCCAUGCAGAUGUCCAAAUAGAGACAGAGCCUCCUCCACAGUACGAGGAUAUCGUCAACAACAGCUCUUCCAGUGGCAACGGUCCCCAUGGGAAGUAAACCUGUCUCUCACUACCAGCCCAACAAAAGCCCUAACCUACACUAAGAACUUACAAUCAUUAAGCAGAGCCACUGCUGUGGUAUCACCAGCCUUCCCCAUUCAACACAAACUCUAUUAACUGUGUGCUCAGUGGACUAAUGCAAUGUUUGCCAGAGCCAAGGCUGUUGAAAUUUGCACUAACCUUUUCUCAUUGAGGUGAAGUGACAGCAGGAAGGAGCAAAUGAUAAUGCAAUACCAAAACCAAGCAACACCUCUGCUGAUUUUACUCAAGUUGCAUCUUUGCUGUCACACUGUAGCAAAUCAUUUAUCUUGGUGGACAUAACAAAUGAUGCAUGUGACCUUAAGACAAAGAAGUCUGAUUAACUUGAUGCAGAUUAUUCUAAAAGUGUAUAAAUGGGGUUGGAGUGAUGCUUUACUGAAAGUUUGUGCCAAUUCUUUAGACUAAAUGGUCCAAUAACAGAUGGUUCUCCUACUCUUAGGACCAUUUGUUUCGAACCCUGUUGUGUGCACUGACUUUUGUAUAUUGCAUAGUUCUGCAAAAAAAAAUGUUUUGCAAGAUUCAGAAACAGCAUCAAAUAAUAACUGUGAAAUAAUGUCAAAGGCUGUCCAGGGUUUUGUGGAGCUUGAGACUCGUGCGUACGUAGUGAAUGAUCUGGCUACAGAAGCAAGUCAAUUAAAUCUGAUUGAGAUUGGAUUUAUUAUGUGACCAAAUCACAUUAGUAUCAGUUACAUAAGCCAUUUUUGAUUCAUGAGUUUUGAAUUGAUUCAGGUUUUGAUGUUCAAGUUGCCAAAUGAAAGCAUCACUCCACAACUUCAGAAUACACUUGGGAAUGAUUUCCUUUCCAAAAUGUUCCAAAAUGAAGACAAGGCUAUCGGUCAUAAAGGGAGGUGCUGACACGUGUUUUGUGUAUGUGUCAUAUUUGUGUAUAUUUCGUAAUGCAUGUAGCUUGGCCAGGACACCUGGUGUUCUAUUGAACACUGGUGCCAGUCAGUGCUCACUGGUCCACACUCACCCCUGAGCUGCUCAGAGCCUGCUUUUACUGUGAAUGUUUGUCCCAAACCUUUUCCCCCUUGAAUCAAAUGUAACCAUGUUGGGAUGUGACUACAGAGUCUCUACUAAUAGUACACACAUGAUUCUUUGAAUAGGUUUGCAGCUUCACCAUAAAUAUAUAUUGUGUGUUGCGCUGCACAGGAUUGUGGGACAGAGAGCAAUAGAGACUGAAGCUUCAUGGAAAAAGUUGUCAUAGAGAAGAGAUUCUGUAUUUAACGUCACUAUGGACAGAGAUCAUGUUUAGCAUGUGUGAUGUUUCUGUAUAUAAACAUGUAUAGUCUGUAUGUAUGACGGUGAGAUAAAGUGAGAUUGUUUUAUUACUGCAGAGGCGUGCAGUGAAUGCAUCGACACUAGCAUAACUAUUCUGUAGGAUGUGGCUAAAUGAAGGCACUUUGUGUUGAGCUCAAAAUGAGCUGUCGGAUGAAAACUAGGACAGGUUUGGUUUAACAUCGUCCACAUCACUCUAGACCGUAAUGAUGUCACUGUAAUCCUCUGAGAAGUGCUCAUACUCUUUAUGCAACGUUGCUGCAUACACUCUGAAAACCAAAUAUAUCUGUCUAACGUCUGUGAAUACUGAUAAAUGUAACAUGUGUUUGUCUGCACCUCACACACUCUGAGCACUGACUAUUAUCUUUGACUUCUUUGUAAGUUGACCUGUGAACCUCAGCACUUGCUAUGACCUUUAACCGAGUUGUGCUGGCAGAGGGAGCCAUUUUGGUUGGGUCACUUGUUGUACUGUUACUUGCAGAGUUCCCCUUUUUUUUUUUUUUUUACAACGCCUUAUCAAACAAAGGUUCUUUAACAUUAAAUGCAAGGGAACUUGUUAUAAAUCCUUGAUAUGUGCAAAAGCUUGAAUUAAUUUGUAAUAAAACAUUAAAAAUAU